AUGCUCAAGUCAAGCAACAGUGUACAUUGGUCCAGGACACUGAAUGCAUGGAGAAGCAUACGCUCAUCAUCCUCAUCAACAACAUCAACGUCAUGUCCACUGUUGGUACGACCACUUCUACAAAGACAUCACUUUGGUCGUGAUGUACAUAGUAUACAUAGAUGUCCUGCAUUGACAAUGAUCAAUGUUAACAACACUUCAUCAUCAUCAUUGAUGUCCUCGACAACAGGUCGAAGAUACGUAUACACACCGCCAUCAUGGGAGACAGACCUCCAGAAGAAGUUACAAGACACAGUCACCUCCACGCAAGAGCAGCUACAGGAUGAGAAGGGGAAGAAUCAACUCGAGGGCAUCUUAUGGGUCAGCAACUUGUACCCGAUCAAGAUAUCAAGGCUGGACUUCCGGUCGUUGCUGUUCAAGAUACCAAUCACACAGAAGUUGAUGGCCAUCUUCCCAGAGGACAUUGAAGUCAUAUCGAUUGAGAAGCGACUGAAGGAGGGUGGCGCUUAUGUGCACUUCCGCAAGAAGAACCCGGCAGAGGGCGAGACUAUAGAGUCGCUGGCAGCAGAGCUCAGUCAGCGUUUUGUCGACGCCGACACACACUUCCACAUGGCAUCAUCGCCCGCACGCGCAAUACUCGUGCUUGGUCAACCGUUUGUCGAGGACAUUGACGACAGACUGCCAUCAUUCAUACUCAAAGUCUAUUGCAAGGGCGCCGAGCUCAACGUAGACGACAUAUUCAGAUUGUUGAGACCCUAUGGCCACAUUGUACAUAUCGAACGGCCAACAGAGACUCCAAAAGAUGGACAAAAGUAUACACUUGUCGCGUUCUCCAAGGUGGAAGGCGCGAUCGCAGCCAGGAACUGUCUGCACAACAAGUACUUCCCAGACCUCGGCACGACCUUCAUCAUGACAUAUGAGAGCAUGAGAACCAUUGUAAAGAUUAGAGAUGUUAUAACGAACAAUCCCAAGUUCAUGAUCCCACUGAUUGGUGUGUUGGCCACACUGAUCACAUUGUUCCUGUUCGAUCCAUUGCGCAAGUACUACAUGAACAAGUCGCUGUCCACUCCGCUCUUCUUUGAUGAGGUCGAGGAGUGGCAGACACGUUACGAGGAGAAGCUGCUCGACUCGCACUUCAACUACCCUCCCAACUCUAUUGUGAUGAUCAGCGCGCCAAAGGGCAGCGGCAAGUCAAGUCUGAUCGACAAGACUCUCGAGGGUCGUCAGAACACCCUGUUGGUGGACUGCAGCGCAGAGGUCAACAGCUCUGACGAGGAGUUCAUCGAGAACCUGUCCAAGGACAUUGGCUUCUUCCCAUCGUACGGUCUGUACACCAACGCACUCGGCUGGAUGGACGCCGUCCUGCCAUCAUCAGGCAAGGGUGGCCUACACCAGUCCACUGCCGGCCAGCUGCAGACCAUCCUCAAGCUGCUGGACCAGUGUCUGGAGGAGAAGGCCGUCACCUUCCCUGAGGAUCCACAUCAAGCCUUCCCCUAUCCAUUGAUUGUCAUUGAUGGAUUCUUUGGUGCCAUCUCCGCCAUUGAGAGCAAGGAGAAGGCUCGUGCCAUCUCAGACGCCGUCAUCCAGUGGUCCAUCACGACCACACUCAAGGGCAAUGCCCAUGUUGUAUUCAUAAGUAGUGAUCCAUUCGCCGGUGAUGUACUAAAGAAGUACUUGGAGAACAGAGGCGGACAGUCUCUUACAAUUCACUUGGGCGAUGUACCACCAAACAGCGCAAAGAACUAUAUUAGACAUAGAUUGGGAAGAGACCUUAGCGAAGGAGAGUACUCCUCAAUCAUUGAUACGCUGGGCGGAAGAUACUCAGACCUCAACUACCUCUCACAGCGCAUGACAUCGGGCGAGCCUGUCAGGGCAGUACUCAACUCGAUGGUAGCCAGAGCAGUAGGCGACAUCAGAUCCGAUGGAUUCGGUCUGUCUAGAAAGGACGAUGACAAGGGCAAGGGUGGCGUACAACUGAAAUGGACGAGGACACAAGUGUGGGAAACGAUCAAGCGUGUGGCGCAAUCCAAGCUGGUCAGCUACGAUGACCUGCUGUUCAACGUGUUCAACGGUGACGAAACGGCAUUGAACAACAUCAUCACAUCAGGCAUCCUCGGCUUUAGCUCGCACAACAACGAACGAGUUGUAACGGCCUACUCACCACUAUACAAUGCAGCCUUCAAGCAGAUGGUUGAAGACAUUGAGUUCUGUGUUGGAAUGGACAUAUUUACACAAAAGGCCAGGAUCGAUGAGGAGAUGACAAAGUUGAACAAGGUGGAGGAGGAGCUCAUCAAGCUAAAGACACUGUCGUCCAGCAAGUGGUUCGAAGGCGACACUGUCAAAGUCAGGCGACAGUUGCUCGAGGAGAAGAUGAUCGAUCAUGUGUCAAAGAUUGAAGGUCGCGAGAAGAUCCUACAGAACCAUACUCAAUUCCAAAAGUUCAUCUCAACCAAAAAGACGCCCUCUACAGAUCCAAAGGCAACCUAUUGUAGUUCAGAUGAUGGUAUGGCACAACAUGCUGCUACCAGGGCAUGA